AUGACGACCGCAUCGUCCGCGACCUCCGCGCGAGUUCUUCCCCCCCGCGCGCGCUCGCUCGCGCGCCGCGGCGCGCGAACCGCCGCGAACGCGACGCGCGGCAAUCGCGCGGCGAUGAUCACCACGGUUCGAGACGACGACGCGUUACAAGCCGCGGGAUACUUUUUCGAGGAGAGCGACGACGGAGAGUCGGGGGCGCGCGCGCGCGUCGGGGGCGAUCGCUGGGCGGAAGAGGACGCGAGCGCGGGGAGCGUCGCGCGCGCGGCGUUCGCGACGUUCGUCACCCUCGCGGCCGCGACGAUGCUCGUGGAGUCCGCGGACGCGAGCAAGACGGGCGGCGGCGCGGGGGCGGACGCGACGAUCGCGGGCGGGGUGGGGGAUUCGCGCCGCGUCCUCGCGACGAUUCAGGGUUUCCGAGGGGGAGGAACGCCGUCGCGCGCGGGAGCGGAGGGAACGAUGGCGAGAGGAGGAAACGCGCCGGGGCCGAGGGUGUCGGACGCGUGGAUGCAGUACGUGGACGCGACCGCCGCGCCGGCGUGA